UGUCAUUGGUCAUUCCUCACUGUCACGUCGUUUUGAUAGCAUAAAGCGAAUUUACUGUUUAUACGAAAAGACGCAUUUCUAGUUGAGAUUUACAGUAUUACAUUAUUGUAUUAAAGUUUCUGCUCCUCGGAUUUCAAAGUGGAUGGCCUCUUGCCUCGGCAUCGAUUUCGAAUCAGCUGCAAAGAUAACUGUGGAAUGAUGCGUGAGGGUGGGACAUUGUGGAGCAACAGCUCAGAGGGUCACAGCAGUGAUCCUGAAGAGGAUGAUGAAGAAGAGAUGGCGUUUGGCGAGACUGAGGAAGACUCUGAAGAGAUGAUGGACUUGAGUGAUCUACCUACAGCUCUGUUUGCCUGCAGCGUGCAUGAGGCUGUGUUCGAGGAGGACAGGCAGAGGGAGCGGUUUGAGGCUCUGUUCAGGAUCUAUGAUGAUCAGACAUCCUUCCAGAUGUUCAAGAGUUUCAGGAGAGUUAGGAUCAGCUUCAGUACUCCAGAGGCGGCUGCACGCGCACGCAUCGAGCUCCAUGAAUCCGAUUUCAAUGGCACCAAACUAAAACUGUACUUCGCACAGGUGCAGAAUUCAGGGGAAGACGUGGACAAGACAUUUCUUGCCCCACCUCAACCUGUCAAGCAGUUCCUCAUCUCUCCACCUGCGUCCCCACCUGUGGGAUGGAGCCAGAAUGAAGAUGCCACACCUGUGAUCAACUACGACCUGCUGUGUGCUGUGGCCAAACUGGGACCAGGUGAGAAGUACGAGCUGCAUGCGGGUACAGAGUCCACUCCUAGUGUGGUGGUCCACGUGUGUGAGAGCGAUACUGAGGAAGAGGAAGAAGCCCGACCAAAAGCCAAGAUUGUCCAGACCAGACGCCCCGACGGUCCCCCGAAAGUCUACAACUAAAACCUUUGGCACACUUCACACGUUUUUCUCUCUCUCUGAGUCUCUUUCUCUCAUCCAGGGAAAGGCACGCUUUAUUUCAAUUACAAAAAAAGCUGAACUAAGAAUGGGAUGGAUGUGGAGGGGUGCUCCGUGCACAGGUGACGUGUGCUGUUCUGAACUGUUCUCCUGGACUGAACACACUGUCUCACUGCUGCCUCACGGGACAGCCAGGGGGCAAUGAGCUUGCAACCCCCCCUCUCACAAUCAUAGCGCUUUCAUUCCCUCAUUUAGAGUCUUUGUACUGAAGCAUUGAAGAGCAGUAAUUGUAUUUAACAGUCGUAGAAGUAGGUUACAUGUAAACUUUGUUACUGUUUGUCACUUUGAUUGAUCAUCAGUGAAAAUUGCGCUUUAAAAAAAAGGAAGCAGACCCAUUCUGCUUUUCCUGUUUGUCUCUCGACAGCCUUGUCUGCGUCUCAUCUCCACAUCGGUCAGGUUGGCACACCUGCAGAGGUGCCGCGCGGCUCGCUGGGGUUGUGACCCAUGUGCGUAUUUAUGCCUGUUCAUACCAUGCUAGAAUGAGAUGACAAGUUGUUUAAUGGAAAUGGUAAGAAUGAAGGUGUCGAUUGAAGAGUUUGUGUCACGUCGGUUAUGAUGAGAGGGUGUUUACUUAGUUAGAUGUGUAUUAUUCUUACUGUGUAUUUGAUACCACACAUUUUUGCAUGCUGACUGGCGUAUUUUAUACUCUAUGUUAAAGCAACUUUAAGCAUAUCUGAUCGCUGUCUGUCAGAGUGAUUGGCCUUGGAAAGCGAAGAAAUAGGUGUAAAGUUCGAUAUUUUGUAUAUUUUUUUUAUAGCACAUCAUUUACUUGCAGGCCAGAUAAACAAUUUGGGUCUUAGUUUAACACCAUCUCUGUUUGCCGUGAUUCUGUACCACUUGUAUUGUUUAUCACUGACGAGAUUCUGUGUUUUUCAUAUAUUCAUACAUUUAUUGAAUAUAAAUUUACAUGCUCAAGUUUCGAACGGAGACCCAGAGUACUGAUAAUGAUACUGUCAUAUCAUUGUUCAUUUUUGAGUUGUGCGUUUUGCAAUGACAGAUCAAAUAAUAUUAAGGGAUAGUCCACUGAAAAUGAAAGGUCUCUCAUCAUUUACUCCAAACCUGUGCGACUUUCUUCUGUGGAUGUAUCCUAGCUCUUUUGUCUCAUCAUUUUUUUCAACUUUUCUUCCAGUUUAUUAACCUCCACUGUGUUAAUUCAUACCAAAAAGGAAAACAUAGAUGGAAAUGGAUGGAUGAAAAUGUCAUUUUAAGAUAUUUGUUUAAUGUACAGUCAGUGAAGCAGAAUGUCACGAUUGACCGAUCAGAUUGAGGAUUGCGUAGAGGCUUAUUAAGAUGGUGGUUAAAUUAGCCUCAAAAAAUAAUAAAAAAAAAAGGAGGGAGAAAGAAAGACAAUUCAGUUAAACAUUGAGUGAUAUUCAGUCAUAUUUUGAAAUGCAAUGAAAAAGAAAUAAUGCAAACAAUAACUGUGAAAUUCAAGUGACUUUAUAAAUUGCCUUGUUCCCUCGCUUACAUGUGAAAAAAAGAUUUCAAGUGUUUUGGUUUAAAAGCCAGUUCUUAAGUGACGAAGGUCUCCGUUAGCAAAUAACUUACUCAAAACAACUUUUUUUUUGUACUUCUGCAUGCUGUGACUUUUCCAUAGAUGCAGUCUUUCCCGUUCGUAUCUAACUCUGAAUGCAGCGCUUUUCUCUUGCCUGUUUCAUCCUGUUGUGUUUCAGUCAAUACAGGGGUGAGAAACAUUGUGAACAAAGCUCUUUGAGUUAUCGAUAACCAGCAUGAACAAAUGUUUUGGACUCUUUGAGUUUGUGUGUGUUAACCUUUAAGACAAAAGGAAGAAGUGAAGUAUAUGAACACAAGAAGCAAAUUUGUACCGAGUUGUAAGAUAAGCCUAUCAUUGGCAGCAUACUGUAUUCAUAUUUUUGACUGUCUUUAAGGCUGUUGUUGCAGUUGCUCUGUAUCAGUAAAUGAUUGUUCUUGUUCUUUCUUUUUUUUUUUUUUUAAUAAGGAAGUCUACUGAUAGUCAGUUCUAUCACUGUUGCUGUUCUGUUUGGAUAUAGAUAUUGUCUAGUACUUUAACUGUGGUUCAUGAACCCGUGAACACGAAGCAAUAAUUUACAGUUAUAUGUCUGUGUCCCGUAUGGUAUGGAAUUUUUAUUUAUUUUUCUGUUUUGACUCUUUGCUUGCCUUUGUAAAUAUGAUUGUUAUUUGUUUCUCAUUGGCAUAUAAAUAUAUAAAUAAAGAACUGAUUCUUAAAAAAAAUAUUUACUAAA